ACUCACUGUACGCGGCCGUCCACAGCACCAUCGUUGCUGCCUCUGGAAUUUGUGCCGUGCCUCCGUUGCCGCGUCGCCACCACCUCGUACCCAACGCUGCAUGUAACUACCUUUUGUUUCUGGCAUUGCUACGCGCGCUGUGUUUGGCACUCUGCUUUGGCUGCCUCCUUUGCCCCAACCAACUAGCCGAUGCUGGCGCGCUGCUCGGCUCUGGCUGUCGGCGUUUGCAGUGCGCUUUGCUUCAUUUUUGCUAUGGUUUGGUAUGCUGUUUUGUGUUUCUAUUUGCUUUUUGCUCGCUUCGUUUUAUGUCUGAUUUUGUUUCAUUCAUUUUUCACAUUUUGCUCGUACACUCUUUGCUGUGUUUUUGCUUUUGCUCAAUACCAAUGCUGUUGCUAUUACCGUUGUUGUUGUUGUCGUUGUUGCGUUUUGUUUUUGCUGCUGCCAUUGUUGUUGUUGUUAUUGCAUUUGAGACGCUUUUGUACGAUGUCUGUUGUCGAUGUUCUCUAUUUUCCCCAAUCGCGAAGUGCCUUUUCGCAUUUAUAUUCGUACUAUAUUCUCGCGCGCUCUCUGCAUUCAGUUAUUCGCCGAUAAUUGAUGUCAAAGGACGCGUUACGGCGUCGGUCAUACGGCGCGUAUAAUUAACAAGGAUUUCGAUAACGAACAAUUUGUUGUUAAUUUAGUUCCGGGUUCAGUGCGUUUUCGAUUUUACUUCCGCUUCAAGUGCCGCCACAUUUGUUUGUCUAUGUUUUUUUUGCGACUUUCGAAAGUUUGCGCCAACAUUAUUUGUUUAACUGCCGGUUUAAGCGCUAAAUUGUUGUUCCUUACCUUUGUACAACAAAUAAUAUAAACAACACACAAGUACAUACAAAUAAAGUAUAAUACGCGUGCGCGCGCUCAUCGCUCAUCGCUACAACGCCCUGCUUAACAGCGUCGUUCACUUUGCGAGUAGUAAUUUACCGUUGCAAUGCCAAAAGAAGAUCCAUUCGUGAAUCGCGCCCAACUGUUGAAGGCUAUCAAAAAGUAUCCGGAGAUAUGGGACUCAAAUAAUAAACUGCACAUGUGCCGCAGCGUCACAGCGCCCAUGUGGAACGAGAUAGCCGAACAGUUUGGUGGGCAUGUGCCAACAGUAAAACUCCAGUCUAUCUGGAGCCAGAUGAAGUACCACUACCACAACUUGGUACAUCGACAAAUCUUGCAUAAGGAACGCUUCACCACCAAAUGGGAACACUUCGAACCGAUGUCUUUCAUGUACAACAUCACUGUGGCGAAGAUAGUUGGAGCCGCUGGCGCCAAUGAUGGCAAUCAGACACAGCAUUUGCAGUCACCCACAGCCGUAUCACUGCCCACGCCACCGCCGACACCAACCACACCGCAAACGCAGGGACGUGGACGACCCAGCGGCAGUUUUACGUGGCUACCGGCACAGCAACAACAACAAACGCAAACACAACAACUACAACAGCAGCUGGUGCAAACACCAUUAUCCACACAAAUGCACGAACAAUUGACACCGGGUGGCAUGCCGCAACCGCUACUUACAUCGACGCCCCUACCGACACAGACCGAGGUGAGCGUUGAGACAAGUCCAUUUAUUGGUUUCACUGGACUCGUGCCACCGGCAGCCAUAACGGUGGAGGCUACAACGACACCAAUGCGUAAGCCGGGGCGUCCAGGCUCCAUGAAUAAUAGCAUGCGCGGACGCAUCAUUGACGUGAUCAAGGCACAUCCGCCUUUGUGGGUUGGACGUCAACAGGAAGCUGUGCCGGGCCAACGCAAGGCGCAAAAUCGUACAUCGGCUGUGUGGAAGGAGGUUGCCGCGGAGUUGGGAUUAACUGCAAGUCUUGUGCAAACUCGCUGGUCCAUAAUAAAACAGCGCUACGUAGAUGAAUUGCAAAAAGAGCGGCGCGCUCACUUCACUCAACAGGCCUUUCACUCCACCUGGGAGCACUUCGAACGCAUGGACUUCAUGCGCGACAUACUCAUCAAGAAGGUGGACGAGCGUGAGCAAACGCGAGAGCAGAUACAGGAAAUCGUUAGUGAGCAUCAACAAUUGCAAUCGGCCGCUGCGCAGCAUAUGCGUUAUAUGCGGCUGGGCAUGCCGCCACCGAUGAGCAUGCUGGGUCCCGCAUCGGGUGUGUAUGAGGACGGCAGCGUUGUUGGCAUGGUGCCAUUGCAUCAAACUGGUGGCGUAGUGAGCGGUGUUGGCGGCGUCGCUGGCGCUGUGGGUAUGGGACGUCGUUUGGGUGCUGGCGGACGUGUGAAGACCGAAAGCGACUUGGAAUGGGAUCCGUUUGAGAUGAUUUUGCAUGUGCAUGGCACUGAACCGGCGGCUAAUUGAGCGGAAAUGGCCGAGUGAAAUGAAAAUUAAUUGUAGAAAAGUUGAGUUAAUUGAGUAAGUAGUGUCCAAUGAUAAUAUUAGAGCGCAGUACUGCAUAUGCGAAGACUGGUUUAAGAUGCAGUCUGGGUGCUGUAGCAGCUUUAGGGUAUAAGACAUAGCAAACAUAAUCGACUAAAUUAAGCCACUCAAAUAAAUCGACUGAUUACGCCAUACUAAGGCAUUUCAAUACUAUGUGAGAAUCCUAAGAAAUGUCGUAGCAACUUGUGUUUUUGUGUCUGAGCCACUUUGCAAGAUUUUGAAGUCAACGUAAAUGUAAAGAACUAAAAAAAUGGUGAUCCAAUCAACCAAAUUGUUUAUCACUUACCGUAUUAAGUAACCUUCUAAAGGCAAUGCUAGUAGAGGCAAGACUGAGUUGUUGCAACUAUUCGAAGCAAGCAAACGUCACUAUAAUAUAUGACGCUUGAGUAACCAGAAAUACACUGCAAAAAAAAAAUAAAAGAAUAA